AUGUGGAAGCAACGGCAGACAAAGCGUUCGUCCAGCAGGAUACUCAAGCAAAAUGUUAUGCGACGCAUGAAACAAAAGCGCAACAACAAAGUUAUUAAUAUUUGCGACAAGCGCUCCUACAAUUUGUAUCCAAAGGCUUUUAAGACCAAAACAACAGAAGCACCAAAAAUAUCUACGACUCAAUCUUACGUUUGGAUACCAGGCACAAACUGGCGUUUCAAAGCCCAACAUGUGCCACCAUAUCAACUCGUUCCAUUUAAACCUCUCGGUUAUGAAAGGCCUCCCCCAAAACCCAAACACAGGAUCGAUGUAUCACCACCCACUUAUGCCAACCCCAACAAAUGGCAGAAGUGGUCUAAAUAUGGACAGAAUAAUACGUAUUGGAGGCCAGAAUAUGAGCAUUAUAAGAAAUACAAGUAUGCACAAGUCGGGCAGCCCGCAGCAAAUAUGAAAUGGCGAAAAAGGCCAACAGGUUCGUCUAAAUAUGAUCAUUACAUUGACAAUUGGACAUCGCAUGGACAGCACGUACAGUCGUGGAAGUCAGAUGUUCCAGACAAGUGGUCGAAAUGGACAACAGUAUCCCCCAAAUGGACGAACUAUGGCAAUCGCUGUGCUCCUUAUGAAUUAUAUGACUAUGCGGAUCUGACCGCUCUUAGAGAUUGGCGGCAUUAUCAUGCGCAUCGCGAUCGCCGACAGUUGUUUGAUCAACUUUCUGGUUUCAGUCGUCUACUUGGCUUCGAUGUAAAGACUUGCAUUUUACGAGCCAUGUGCGACAGCAAGCGAUUACUGUUGCCACCGGGCUAUUCCAUGAUGCAGGAUAUAAUACGACUGAUCUUCACAAUGCCCACCAUAACGGGCGUGGAAGAUGAAUACAGUCAGGCAAUGCGUAUGGAUCCCGAACACUGUGCCCAACAUUUUCGUCAGCAAUGCAAGGUAGAUAUACUGGCUUGGCUUUUCAGUGGUCAUUAA